UUUCUCGAGCUCGAGCUUCCUUCCUUUUCUGCAACAAUGGCGGCCGCUGAAGUCGUCUCCGCUGAGAUCCCUAAGAAUGCGGACUCUAGCGAUGAAGCUCUCCUAUCAUCGUACCUUGGUCUUAGCUUCGCCGUCUUCUUGGGGCUCCUGCCUCGCGGUUCCAUCUCGUAUGUCACCUCCCUCCAGUCCCGCGCCCGUGUUCUCUCCCUCAAGCUUUUCCACGCUGAGGAUCAGCUCCGGCAGCUCCGUUCCCGCCGGGCGGAGGACUCCAAGGCCAACGCUCGUGUUGUCGAGAUCUUCGCCGGUCACCGUCUCGCUUGGCACCGUGAGGAGCGACGGCUCCGGGAUCUCCUCGGUGCGUCAUCUUCCGAGAUCGCUGCGCUCAAGGAGCGGGUAGACGAGCUAGAGCGAUCGGAAGCUGAUCUAAGGGUUUCCGUGGAGACGCUGCAGAGGGAGGUGAGUGAGAGGGAGGAGAUGCUUGAGUUCAUGGCGAGAGGAGCAGAGGGAGAUGAUUUUGUGGAGAAAGAGGAGAUCAGAGAGGAGUUGGGGGAGUAUAGUGGGGAUUUCACAGGGGCUUCGGCUCCGGAGGGGUUGGAUCCGGGUGUUCCGGAAGUGGAGGAGAUGGCGAUGCCGUAUGGGAAGCAGAUGAACUGCUACGCCGGAGACUUCUCAAUGCCACUGAGUGGAUUUCAGGAUAAUCAGUAUGAUUCUUUAGAUUCAAUGUACCACACGAAGCAUUUUGUGGCAAGGAGAGAAUCUCCUUGGAAAGUGGAUGGUGAUUCAACAGGAGUGUCUGCUAAACUGAAAUCACUCGAUCAAGAAUUAAGUAACCUGGAGAAGGUUGGGAAAGGAGACCUAUCAAAGAUUCCAUCAUUGUUACGGAAACAGGCUAAGAGAUAUCAAUCGCUCACAGGAAAAAUUGAUGAUUUAUGCAGGAAAAUGCAAACCAGUGAUCCCUGUGAACCAACCUUAAGCCCAGAGUUCCGGACGCAACGGCAAACUGAAUUUCUCCUUGAAGCAUUCCGUCUUCAGAAUCGAGCCACAAAAACGAGACAGAAGUUGAACUUAUUAGAAGCUGAAGCAACAAAGAGCUAUUUGGGAGAUGAACUAGUUGGAGAAGCCAAGGUGAGCACAAAGCGUUCUUUGGAUUCCAUCAGGAUUAAUUUUAAGGACAUUCAGAGGAACCUGGAGAUCUGGUUGGCAAGAAUUAUGGGUGAUCUGGAGGGCAUCCUUGCAAGGGAUGGCAUGUCACGAGUAAGGGACUACUAUUUAUCCCAAUUAUCCAGAGACCCUUUUGUCAGAUAAGCUUGGCCUGAUUAUGUCUCUCUAACAUGGUUCAUCAGCUUGUGAUCUCUCAACUCUAGCUUGACUAAUUUGACUUGAGGAUGAGACAGACACUGAUUAGGUGAUUAGAGAAACUGGGCUCGCUCUAUUAUGUAAAUAUGAUGAUGAUAACUGAGUAACUGGUUCUUAAAUAAUCCAUAUACUCUUGUAGAUAUGACGUAAUCUCUAGUUCUUCUUGUAAGUUUUGACAGAAUGGUUGGAAUGCACACCAUUCAGUGGUAAAAAUGAACGUGGUAGUACGAGAUGUAAAAGUGGUUAAGGGGGUCCAUUAUUUUCUCGGGUAAAUUUUUGAGGAAGUGAUUUUUAUUUU